GGCGCGAAGGUAGAAAUAAUCGGUUGUUGCACUUUCUCCUGUACAAAUUUGGAAAUUCUCCAUCUCGCGAUCGAGAGACCGGAGAUGCUCCCGACAGCUCAUUUUUGUUUGAUGUAGCUUCACUUUUGUGAAACUAAAUCGCAAAAAUGGAGUCUAGAGGGAACAGGAACAUUCGUAUCAAUAUGAUGGAGGGAGUUGGGGCAAGAGUUACGAGAGGACUUGACUGGAAAUGGGGGAAACAGGACGGCGGCGAGGGCCAUGUCGGUACGGUUCGCUCCUUCGAGUCCCCGGAAGAAGUGGUGGUGGUGUGGGACAACGGCACGGCGGCCAACUACCGCUGCGCUGGGGCCUACGAUCUGCGUAUUUUGGACAGUGCACCGACGGGAAUCAAGCAUGAUGGGUCCAUGUGUGAUACUUGCCGAAUGCAGCCUAUAUAUGGCAUGCGUUGGAAGUGCGCAGAGUGCCCGAACUACGACCUUUGCUCUGUCUGUUACCACGGUGAUAAACAUCAUCUCAGACAUCGUUUCUACCGCAUCAACACUCCGAAUAGUGAAAGGGUUGUACUCGAACCACGUCGCAAAAGCAAGAAGAUCAUGGCCAGGGGUAUCUAUCCCGGCGCUCGGGUAGUUCGUGGGGUUGACUGGGAGUGGGAGGACCAGGAUGGCGGCAUGUCAAGGCGAGGAAAGGUCACAGAGGUUCAGGAUUGGAGCGCCACAAGCCCCCGGAGUGCUGCCUAUGUCAUCUGGGACAACGGAGCCAAAAACUUGUACAGAGUUGGAUAUGAGGGGAUGAGUGAUUUGAAGGUGGUGAGUGAUGCAAAAGGAGGCUACUUCUACAGAGAUCAUCUUCCAAACCUUGGUGAGCAAGGACCAGGAAGUCGAGGAGUGCAUGGUCUGUUCUCGCUCGGAGACCAGGUGAACGUAGACCUGGACCUGGAGAUAGUCCAGACAUUGCAGCAUGGCCAUGGGGGAUGGACAGAUGGAAUGUUUGAGACAUUGGGUACUACUGGUACAGUUGUCGGAAUAGAUGAAGACCAUGAUGUGGUUGUUUCUUAUCCUAGCGGAAAUAGGUGGACAUUCAAUCCUGCUGUAUUGACCAAGGUGAACCCUACAACAGCUGCCAACAUGUCAGUCCGGACCAACGACCCUGCCGUGGCUUCCCAGUUCCAGAUUGGAGACCUGGUCCAGAUCUGCAGUGAACUGGAACGAAUGAAGAUCCUACAACGUGGGCAUGGAGAGUGGGCAGAGGCCAUGCUACCGACUUUAGGGAAGAUUGGUCGUGUUCAGCAGAUUUACCAUGACAACGACCUCAAGAUUGAGGUUUGUGGAACAUCCUGGACGUAUAACCCUACUGCUGUCACCAAGGUCGCUUCAGACUCGGCCGGAUUAGGAAACUCUUCAGAGAGGUUAUCAGCCCUGCUCAAGAAACUCUUUGAGACUCAUAUCAGUGGCGAUGUCAAUGAGGAGUUGGUCAAGGCAGCAGCUAACGGCGACGCCCACAAAUGUGAAGAGAUCUUACAGCGACCUGAGGCAAAUGUUAAUGUUCAAUUUGCCGGACACACAGCGCUCCAGGCAGCUAGUCAGAAUGGCCAUGGGGACGUCCUGAAGGUUCUUAUCCGACACAACGCCGACAUGGAAGUAGAGGAUAAAGAUGGAGAUCGUGCCAUUCAUCAUGCCGCCUUUGGGGACGAGCCUCACGUCAUCGAGCUCCUCCACGAAGAGAGCGCCGACCUGAACGCCCGUAACAAACGCCGCCAGACUGCCCUGCAUAUAGGAGUCAACAAAGGUCACUACGGAGUGGUCAAGAUACUCCUAGAGCUCGCAUGCCAUCCAAGCCUACAGGAUUCUGAAGGAGACACACCCCUUCACGAUGCGAUCAGUAAGAAACGAGACGACAUCCUAUCUCUUCUCCUAGAUCACAACGCAGACAUUUGUGUGACAAACAACAACGGCUUUAACGCUCUCCAUCAUGCUGCACUCCGUGGAAAUCCAAGGUGGGUCUCUCGAAAUUCAUCCUUAAAACUCCUUGGCCCGUAUUCUGAUAGCAGGUUUAAAGUUGUGGUGCCGGACAAGCCGAGUCUAAUCAGCAGGAACGCCUUGGGUCGAGAGGAGGAGGAGUCCCGGCAGAAGAAGACGAACUCCGCCAAAGGCUUUCAAAGAGAGAAGGGAAAGAGGGAGACUUAG